UGCAUGAAACAUACUCCCCGGCAAUGAUUUCUUUAUUUUAGUUAAGAAAAUAACUAAACAUGCUAAUCACCAUUCACCAUGAAUUGCCAGUUAUUUUCUUACUAUGAAAAUGGGAAUCAAAGCCUUCACUGACAGAACUUUCAGCUGGAGUUCAUUGUUUGAAGGAAGGAGAGAACGUUGCAAGAAAACCGUCUGAAGCCUUUGCAUGCCGAGCUGGUUACUCACAGCCAGCUACGGAGACAAUGCGAAGAAGACCGAGAAAGACUGUACCUUGUGGAACCAAACCCCAUCGUUGAGAAUCCGCCGCAAGAACCGAUUGCAGACGAGCGGUAGCAAUCGCACUGUGGAGAGGAAGCAUCGACAUCAAGCAACUCGAACUCGCCGGUAAUCUUCGCUACCGGUAGGGACGGAAUCAAAAUCCCUACUUGUUGGAUAAUCUACGAGAAACCUCUACGACGAAUCGACGACAAGAAAAAAUCACGCACCUUGAAGUGCAGGAACUGCGGCGCCUCAACGGAGCGAGUUGAUUCGCUGACGGAGAUGCCCCCAGUUUAGUGAUCACGUUUUUCCUUACCCUAGGCGUUGCCGAAAUCGCCCAGGCCGAAACCCUAGAGCGCACCGUGGGAGACAAAGCCGCCAUCCCGACUACACAGUGACAGCAAGGUGGGGAAAGACCAUUCGUGUCGGAGUUUACCAGUUCGCGAAAUAGAACAGGGGCCGUCGAACUGAUUGAUGAUGCCCGUAAUUGACGGAUGAGAUGUUACUAGAUUCGACGAUACACGAUUCUUCCAUCCAGCGGACUCGUAUUUCUCGUCCAGUUCGUUCCUCUUUUCCCUGCUGCGGGAACAUUUUCGAUCUGCCCUUCCACGGUUGGAGGUUCUACUACCUGAAGCUGGUUGCCUUGUUUUGGUUCUGUUGGUUUUGAGUCUCCAAUCUCCAGGAAACCAAAUAUCAUGCAGAGACAUAUGCCACUUGACUCAUGAACCUGGAUCUAGCGAGAUAAACAGAUAUCUCUUAUGGCAUGCAUGCAUAGUCAAUCAUGGAAGAUGAUAAAGUAAAGGAUUUUGCAUUUUAUUGUGCGGAUGACCUCAAAGUAGGAUGGGAUGCAUCCACCAACAUUAACUAGGUGCCAUAGGAGACCAUGCACGGACAAUUGGCUGAAGGCAUCAAGAGCUAGGCUUUUCAAGGAGUACAAAGAGGUUCAGAGAGAAAAAGCAGCUGACCCAGACAUUCAAUUGGUCUGUGAUGAUUCUAACAUUUACAAGUGGACCGCUCUAAUUAAGGGACCUUCAGAAACUCCAUACGAAGGCGGUGUGUUUCAGCUUGCAAUUGCUAUUCCUGAGCAGUACCCUUUGUUACCCCCACAAGUUCGAUUCCUAACAAAAAUCUUUCACCCGAAUGUGCAUUUCAAGACCGGGGAGAUUUGCCUCGACAUCUUGAAGAAUGCUUGGAGCCCUGCAUGGACUCUACAAUCUGUUUGCCGAGCCAUAAUUGCUUUAAUGGCCCAUCCAGAGCCUGAUAGCCCUCUCAAUUGUGAUUCAGGAAAUCUCCUGCGGUCCGGCGAUAUAAGGGGCUAUUGUUCGAUGGCAAGAAUGUACACUAGACUCGCUGCUGCUCCAAAAAAGGGCUAAGCAUCAACUGUAUCCUUCAAAACUUCUUAGACCCUCUCAUAUAAUAUGAUGUGUGAUUGUAGUAUGAAAUUCUUAAUAUUGAUGGCUAUUAUAGUUAUUGAUCUUAAACUCUUGGCAUAUAAUACGCUGAGUGAUUGUAGUAUGAACUGUAAUAUUGAUUACUGUUAUAGUUCA